UAUAUAGAUCAGAUGUGGCUAGCAAGCUAACAUGCUAGGCAGGGCUUCUAGCUAGCUGGUUAGCUACAGCUUUUCAUCCUUUGGUUUCAUGUAGUUGUUAUCGGAGUCUUUUUCUGAUUUAGCAGCUAAUACAGCGCAUCACACGGAGAGAUAAAGAUGAAUUAUUCGGAUUACGACUCGGAUGGUUAUUCUUCAAAUGAAGAUGAAGACUACGUCCCUUCCGAUGAUAACCUGAGCGAGGAUGACAUGAACGAAUGUGAAAAGGAGGAUGCACUGGAAGCGGAGGAUCACAACACGCAGCAGUCAGAGCAAGUAAAGAAGAAAAAGAAGAAAUCUAAAGCAAACAUUCCUAUGAGGAAAAGGAAAAAAGGAGGACUCAGACUAGAAGAAAAUGAUGAAGGUGGUUCAGCAGACCAACAGAAAGGGGAAGAUAAGCCAAAAGAGGAUCAUUUCAGUCACAUUCAGUCACAAGAGGACAUUGAAGAGAAACAUAGUAAGAAAGCAGAUGAUCUUUGGGCUAGUUUUUUGAGUGAUGUUGGCCCUCGACCCAAAGCAGCAGCUCCAAGUGCAGACUCUCAGCAGUUCACAUCUGCCACUGGUACAGAAAAGCCCAGUAAAGCCUUGACAGCAUCUCAGCAGCAGGAGGACAAACCAAAAGAAUCCUCCAAAAUCACAAUCACCAAGGUGUUUGAUUUUGCAGGAGAAGAAGUUCUGGUCACCAAAGAGGUGGACAUAGACUCACAAGAGGCCAAGAGCUUUCUGAAGAAGGAGGAUAAGGUGCUGAAGGAGAAAGAAGAGUCCUCUGAGCCACGGCCGUCCGUAUCGCUCUCCUCUGGGUCCAGUGUGAAGAGGCCAGCGGGCAUGGGGAGCAUCCUGAAUCGCAUUGGGGCCAAAAAGCAGAAGAUGAGCACUUUGGAGAAGUCUAAGAUGGACUGGAAUGCCUUUAAAACAGAGGAGGGCAUUGCAGAUGAGCUGGCAAUCCAUAAUCGAGGCAAAGAAGGGUACGUGGAGCGAAAGAACUUCCUAGAGCGAGUGGACCAGCGGCAAUUCGAGUUGGAGAAGAGUGUGCGUCUGAGCAACAUGAAACGGUGACAAGAGGAGAGAGAGCAGACAUACUCACUGAUCAAAACACAGACUGUCCAAUAUAUACACACACACAUGGUGCAUACACUCUUGGUUUUCCUUGUCACAUAGGUGUCAUUUUUUUCAGAUCCAAGGCCUGUAGCUCCCCAAAACAAAAACUGGACUGCCUUCACAAUCGAAUGUACACCUGCCAUAUUGUAUUUUCCUUAUUCCGCCCUUCCUUUGUCCAAUAUUGCAUGUCCACAUUUAUCAGGGCUUUUUUAACAUGAAAGAAGAACAGCUCAAGAUGUUUUUCUUCUCUAGGAUUUCUUCUUGCACAGUCUUGAAUCCUUCCCCUUUUCAAAGCUAUAAUAAUCUGUGAGAUAUUUUUCGGACAAUGAAAGUCCUGUAGUUGCAGAAUGUUAUCAUUUAAAAAAAUUUGGGUCCUGCUUGACCGUAUAAAAGGUGUUUUGCGUGAUUUUAGUGCAUUGCUAGCUGUUGCGAGAGUGUUAUGGGUGAUUGCUCAACCCCAAAAGCGCAUGCCGUAAUCUUUAUGAUAUUCUCAUCUCUGGAUAUGGCUCUGUUUUUUUUUUUUUUUUCAUUCAAUGUGUAUUAGAUUUUUCACUCAUUUUAUCAUCUUCUAGCUAAAAU